AUGAAAGAUAAUCAAGAACCAGCAUCAAAAAAAUCUCAGCAAACUGAAGAAUUAUCUAAAAAUAGAUUUAAUAAGGAACCAAAAUUAAUAGAAAGUAUAAGACUUCGCAAAGCUGAAUUAAAUAAACAAAUUUUUACUUGUGGUGUAGAAUUUUUAACACUUGUGAUUCCAUUAAGCGAAAAAUUGAACAUCUCUUAUUUUGGAACUUCAGUUGGUGAAGAAUAUAAAACUAAUGACAGUUUUUAUCAUUUUUCUUGUUUAAAAAAAUCAGAUAUAGAGGAACUGAAAGAUAUAACUAUGUUGGAAAAUACAGAUGAUCAAUUAUCUAUUAUCGAUAAAGAAUAUCCAAAUAGUAAGAAUACAUGUGAUAAAGUUAGAAAAUAUUUACAAGAGAAAUGUAAAUGUUUUUAUAUUGAUAAGACAUUAGCCCAAUCUUUUGAAUCUUUUGAUUCUUAUAAGGAACACAUUUAG